AUGGUGUUCAGAGGAAAUGUGGCCAUUUCAGAGGACGAGACCUUUCCCAGAGCCAGAAAACCAGCUCCAGACAGCGAUACUCACAACUAUACAUAUGCUUGGUUGCAAUCUUAUUGGGAGUGUGUUUCCAGACCUUAUACGGUGUUCAUCUGCUCUCUCCCGGCCGCACUUUACUAUCUGUGGGCCCGCAAGUGUCAGACACCAGCCCUGGUUUCUAGUGCUGCUUUCAGUGCGUUCCUCUACAAGCACUGUCCUGUGGUGGCUGAGCGCUUCAGUCCCACUCCGUGGUGUUGGGGAGGCCGACUUCAAACCCUGGUCUGUGUCCUCCUCAAGUCCAGACCCCCCGUCACUUAUCGCAAUGAGCUGAUCCGUACGGUUGAUGGUGGUCAGAUCUCCCUGGACUGGGUGGACAAUCAGGCCAGUGGGACCUACCCAGAAUCCUCUAUCCGCCCCACGGUGCUGAUCCUCCCAGGCCUUACGGGGAACAGCCAGCAGUCCUAUGUGCUCCAUGCCAUUGGCCAGGCCACCCGCCGCGGCUACAGAUGUGUGGUCUUCAACAACAGAGGCACUGCACGGGAGGAGUUGCUGACACCUGUUACCUACUGCGCAGCCAAUACCUCAGACCUUGAGCGUGUGGUGCAGCAUGUCAAAGGACUUUACCCACAUGCGCCUGUGCUUGGUGCUGGUGUGUCUUUGGGAGGCAUGUUAUUGUUAAACUACCUGGCCCGUAAGCGCACACAGUCAGGGAUGGUGGCGGGUUUAACCAUCUCUGUACCAUGGGAUGCAGUGAAGUCCGCUGACUCAAUGGAAGAACCACUCAACUGGCUGCUGUUCAAUAAACACCUCACGAGAGGCCUGUGUCGUGUUGUCACCAGGCACAGGAAGGUUCUGGAGAAAGAGGUGGACGUCGACUAUGUCCUGAAGGCACGUUCUAUCCGUGAGUUUGAUGAACGCAUCACCUCUGUGCUGUUUGGUUAUAAAUCUUGUAUGGAUUAUUACCGCGAUGCCAGCCCAGACAAAAAACUCCCCAAUACAGCAGUACCCAUCUUGUGCCUCAACGCUGCUGAUGACCCCUUCUCUCCCCAACAUGCCUUCCCAGUGACCAUAGUCGAGAGCCUGCCUAAUGUCGCUCUGUUGUUGACGGCCCAUGGUGGACACAUCGCCUUCCUGCAGGGGUUGUUUCCCCGUGGUGAGAGCUACAUGGAGCGCCUGUUUGGUCAGUUUGUCCAAGCCGCCUUUGAACACCCGAGGGACAUCAAGAAAGCCUGUGGCAUUAAGGAGGAGAAGAUGAGCUGAUCGUCUUUCACCCCGUCACUCUGUUUGCACUCUGAAGCUGAGCUAAUAUCAGAAGGACUGCUAGCUGCGAAGAAUAUGAAGUCACUGGCAUCAUAGCAGCAAUUCACAAAAAUGCAUUGCUUAGCUUUGCGUGUUGUUAUCUUACCACAGAAAUGGCUCCUCCAUGUUUGCACAGAGAAUGACCAACUGUAUUGUGCAAUACUAUGACCUCACUGCAGCUAAGCCAGUCUACCUCCUCAUCGUCUCAGGUUCUCUUUUAACGAGCAAUCAAAAGUUUAAAAAAAAGUCGAAGUAUUGAAGAAAUGUUGCAGCCAGCGGAUAAGUUAAUGACUAAUAUUGCAUCUACACAGAAAAAGGUUUUGCAAGACUUGUUUUCCUUGAAGUGUGUAACAUGCCUUAAAAGAUUCCUUGUCUUUUAGCCCUGCAUGCAUACUUUACAUACAAUUUCUCAAUGCAUACCAUACUCUGAGGUAAUCCUGCAAACAGUUCAGUUGUUGGAACUGUCGAUCUCAAGAUGAAAAUACCACACAGCAGGGAUAUGCAUAUCUGCUAUGAAGAAAAGACUUUAUAUCAUCUGAGUUUUU